AUGGAUGUUCAGACUUCCGAAGGAGGCACUAGCAAACGCCGCAGACCCAACACCCCCCUUGCAUCUCUCCACUUUUCCGAAGAGGUCCAGGCAGCCAUCAAGACGACCCUGGUGGACUUCGAAAAACGGCUGGAUAGCCGUUUCAACUCGAUAUACCAGCUUCUCACGGCACAACAAGAAGCCCUCAAUGCCAUGCGCACGGACCUCACUGCCUAUCCUCCCGCCACGUCCUUCCAAUCUCUCGAAGAGACGGUCGAUAGCGUUCAAGCUUCCAUGCUCGCAACCAUCCGAGCCAAGCCACCGCUCCACGUCCGCACCACCUCAUCCUCUGCCGCCCGACCGUCGCAAGCACCAGCCGAGAGAUUCGAGCUGUUCUUGCAAGCAACAGAAACGGCGAAAGCACCGAGGUCCGAGCCAGCCAAGACUGCGCUCCUGCUCACCAUUGCUGGAGAGGACGCCCUAGAGGUAUUCAACAAUUUUUCGUUUUCGGACGACGAAAGUAAAGAGGAUUAUGGAACAGUGACGGGAAAGUUCGAAGAAUAUUGUCGGCAACAGCAAAACGAGGUGCAUGAACGGUAUGUCUUCCGUACAAGGACUCAAGCGGAAGGGGAGCCUUUUGAGCAUUUCGCUCGAGACCUGAGGAAGCUAGCCCAAAGUUGCAAUUUUGGGGACCUAAGUGAUUCUAUGGUCAGAGACCAGAUUGUUUUCGGCACCGUUAACCCAGAAUUGCGAAAGAAGUUGCUGAAGGUUAAGGACCUUACAUUGCGCAAAGCCGAAGAAAUCUGCAAGGCGGAAGAAGUAUGUGCCGAGCAAAACAAUGCAUGGGUUCAAGCAGAAAAACAAGUGGCACCAAUCGAAAUGCGCAGUUCGAAUGUUCAGCGUGCGCAGUGCAAAUGUCUGGCACGCGAGGAACUUGCCUCAGGCUCCGAGCAAAGUUACGCUCAACCUGAAACGGAAGUAGCGCAGAUCAAAACAAAGAGGCAAUUCAAAUGCUCCAAGUGCAACCGCAUCCACGAACGUGGAAGGUGCCCAGCCUUUGGAAAAACAUGUUUCUCGUGCCGUGGCGCUAACCACUUUUCGGCUUGUUGUAGGAAAGGUCCUCACAUAAGCGCUGUGAGGGACGAGCACGCCGAUUUUGAAAUCCUGGAUGUUGGCGUGGGCAACAAAGCUGAUUGGGUUAUCGACGCCCAAGUCGCGUCCCAACUGGUGUCUCUGAAGGUAGACACGGGCUCGCAAGCCAACUUGCUGCCUUACACCAUUUUUCAAAGGCUCAAGGUGAAUCAAUGUUUGAAGACAAGCCCCUCUGUUCUGCGCUCAUACAGUGGCAACGUCAUCAAGCAUAUCGGCGUGGCUACGCUACCAGUGACUGUGAACAACCGGAGCCAGUACUUUGACUUUUUUAUCGUCAGGAAGAGCAACCAAGCCAUCCUUGGGCUGUCGGCGAGCGAAACUUUGGGACUGGUGUCGCGUACUGUGGAUUCUGUUCACAUGAACAGUACUGACCAAAUGACGAAGGAAUUCCCAGAGUUGUUUCAGGGUAUCGGCUGCCUGGCACGCCCGUACCACAUGGUCCUGCGGGAGGAAGCAACGCCGGUGGUCCAGCCGGUGCGACGGGUGCCCCUGGCAUUGCGCGAGCCUCUCCGAGAAGAGUUGGACCGCAUGGAACGUGCAGGCAUUCUGGUCAAAGUCAGCGAGCCGACGGAUUGGGGAAAGAACUGCUCCUGGCUGACAUGCUAUCCAGAUCGUCGCCUGUCUCUCCCCGCAGCGUGGAUAGCUUCACAGAUGACGUCGACAUACAUGCAGUGGGCGUGGCUUCAGAAUUGGUGA